AUGAGUCGCAGCGCAAUGCAGCCCUUCGCAAUGGUCUCGCUGCUGCUUCUGUCCCUGUUCCUCGCGUUCAAACCCACCCUCUCCGCCUCCACACCCUCGCGCCAAUGUCGCUGCCGUCCCAACGAUCGCUGCUGGCCCUCCGAGCAAGACUGGAACGCCUUCAAUCGCAGUAUUAACGGCAACCUCAUCCACCUCCGCCCCGUCGGCGCCGCCUGCCACGGCACAGAAUACGACGCGGCCGAAUGCGCCGAUGCACAGGCAAACACGAUGAACUCGUACUGGCGGGCUGCUGAGCCAGGAGCCCUCCAAACAACCAACUGGGAAAGCACCGGCGAAGGCGCAACCGACUGCGACAUCAACACCCCACGCAACACGCCCUGCCGACAAGGCCGGAUCCCGCUGUACGCAGUGCUCGCCGAAACAACCGAGGAGAUCCAGACAGCCGUGCGCUUCGCCAAGCGCCGCAACCUCCGCGUCGUGAUCAAGAACACCGGGCACGGUGGGCUGGGCGUCUCCGCGGCGCCGGACUCCCUGCAGAUCAACACGGGCCGGUUCAAGCGCAUCGAGACCGUCGACGACUUUGUCCCGGAUAAGGGCAAGGAAUCCGUUGGCCGGGUCGUGACGAUCGGCGCGGGCGUCCAGAUCCACGAGCUUACGGACGCUGGGGUCAGGGACGGCUUCACGUCCAUCAUGGGCAUCUGCGAUACGAUUGGGAUUGCGGGCGGGUAUAUCCAGGGUGGCGGGUUGGGACUGCUGGCGUCGGCGUUCGGAAUGGCCUCUGACAACGCGGUCGAGUAUAAUGUUGUCACGGCGGAUGGCGACCUCGUCGUCGCCAACGCCUUCCAAAACAAAGACCUCUUCUGGGCCCUCCGCGGCGGCGGCGGCGGCACCUUCGGGAUCGCAGUCAACACGACCGUGCGCGCCCUGCCCGACCUCAAGGGCGUCGUCCUGCGCAUCGACGCCAUCGGGUCCCGAGAAACAAUCUUCGAGAUAGCAAAGUACAUCGUCCGCGCCUUCCCGGCCAUCAAACGCGGCGACGAGUCCGGCAAAACAAGCGGGUACGUGCUGGCCUCGACGCAAGCCAACAGCUCCUUCAUCCAAAGCGAGACGGUGAUCCCCAACGUCGACGCCCUCCCGCCCUCCCAGCGCGCCGAAAUCACCAAGCUCACCAACGCCCUCAACGCCGCCGGGUUCUCGCAGUCCUACACCGCAAACAUCACAGCGUACCCGCACCUCUCCGCCUUCUUCAACGCCGUCCAGCCCGUCCCGCCCUACGGCCGCAUCGAGGGCUCCGUCCUGUUCUCCGAGAAAUUCUACCACACCACGUCCGGCGCCGCACGCAUCACCGACACCGUCCUCAACCAGACGUACGGGCCCGGCGACACAAUCGAGUUCUUCAUGACGGGCGGCGGCCAGCUAGCCGACAACCGGGCCCUCGACACGGCGCUGAGCCCGCGGUGGCGCGACGUGGGGCUGUAUGUGUCGGCGCGGCGGGCGGUGCCUGCGAGCUCGGCGGCGAAGCGGUUUGGGGCCGACAGUCCGAUGACGGAUAUUCGGGCGGUUGAGCGGCCGGGCUUGGGGUCUUAUGCGAAUGUGGCGGACUGGGAUGAGCCGGAGUGGCCGGAGGCGUUCUGGGAUCGGAAUUACGGACGGCUGCAGAGGGUGAAGAGGGCUUGGGAUAGGGAUGGGCUCUUUGUGGUGACGCUCGGGGUUGGCAGUGAGGAGUGGGAUCAGGAGCAGAUGUGUCGGGUGAGAUAG